AUGACCCAAGGAAACACUGCGCUUGAAACCGACGGGUGUAUCGGAUAUGUGUCCGGAAAUGACACACUGGGUAUUCCGUCCAUAUGCAUGGGCGACGGCCCAGAAGGCGUGGGCAACAACCUCAACAACGUCACAACAUUUCCAGCUCCAGUCCUCAUAACCGCAACCUGGGACGAAGACCUCAACAAAGAAUUUGGCGAAGCUCUAGCCCAAGAACACCGCUCCAAAGGCCGCAAUGUCAUUUUCGCGCCCACAAUCAACAUCGUCCGCAGUCCGCUUUGGGGUCGGGCUGCAGAGUCAAUGUCCGAAGACCCCUAUCUAACCAGCCGUAUGACGGUGGCUGUUGUUCAGGGUAUUCAGUCACAGCAAAUGGUUGCAUGCCCCAAGCACUUUGCUGCUUAUAAUCAGGAAACUAAUCGAUUUGGUCUUGCGCCGGAAUUUGACGCCAUUGAUGCCAUUGUUGAUGAACGUACGCUUCAUGAAGUCUAUCUUCCGGCCUUCAAGGCUGCUGUCCAGGAAGGUAAUGCGGGUUCGGUCAUGUGCUCGUACAAUAAGUUGAAUGGCAUUCAUUCUUGCGAGAACCCUUGGCUAUACGAACGGCUCAAAGAUGACUGGGGGUUUUCGGGGUUUGUUGUUACGGACUACUAUUUUGCUCAACGCACGACCGUUUCGGCGGCAUUGGCGGGACUCGAUAACAGUCAACCGGGKGGUUCAUGGGUGGACUACUAUGGACUUCCUGACUUCUUUGGAGAUUUGUUGGUCGAAGCCGUGGACAAUGGUUCUGUUCCGUUUUCUCGAAUCGAAGAUAUGGUAGCACGACUUUGGCGUCCCAUGUUCGAAAGUGGUGUGAUCGAUAGGCCUGUUCUCGGCGACGAAAAUAGCGUUGCUAGGACAUCGGCGCAUCUGGAUCUUGCUCAGAAGUUGGUGGAAGAAGGGGCAGUUCUUUUGAAGAAUGAUAAUGAGACUCUUCCAUUGACCGGUAGCAAGUAUAAGUCGGUUGCUGUGUUUGGAGCGGAUGCUACCAAUCAGAGCCAAGUCACUGAACUGCACGGUGGCUUUGUGCUUGAUACAACUAUGGUCGUGCAGUCUUCCGUGGAGUAUAUCAAGAAUCGUGGACAGCAGGAGAACAUAUCAACCUCGUACUCGGAAGCGUACCCUGGAACUGGUAUAUUCCCAACAAUUCCCUCGGAGAUGUUUGGUGCUGCCGGACUCAAUGUCAGCUACUGGACAACGCGCGACUUCUCCGGUCCGAUCAACAGAACCCUUCACGUCGAAAAUAUCACGGGUUCCACCUACCCUUCAGACUUAGGUGCAGUGUGGCCUGGGGUUUUCUCUGCGCGUUACGAGGGAACAUUCUAUCCCAACACCACUGGACUCUAUCAUUUCUCCAUUUAUGGCAAUGGAGGCGCAAUUCUCUAUUUGAACGACGAUGUCGUCGCCAAUCUCAACGGUAGCAACUUCGGCAUGGUCGUUCAAGGAAUCGCCAAUUUGUAUGCAGACACACCCGUCAGUAUUCGUCUCGAUUAUUCCAUGGCGACAUCAGUCGACCCUGGAGCUAUCACAGUAGCUGAAAAAGCAGACGUAAGCAUUAUCUUCGUCAAUGAUGAACAUACCGAGGGGCUUGAUAGCAAGCUAUUCCUUGAGCUUCCAGGAGAUCAAGACGACGUCAUCUCUCUGAUUGCAGCGCAUAGCAAAAAGACUAUUGUAGUAUUAAACACGAACAGUGCGAUAUUGAUGCCUUGGCUGAACGAGGUCGAUGCUGUUAUCGAGGCUUUUUAUCCUGGACAACAAGUUGGCUCUGCGAUGGCCGCACUAUUAUACGGUGAUGUGAACUUUUCGGGGAAGUUGCCUGUCACGUUUCCGCGACAGUAUGCUGACGUUCCAACGUCACCGGAAGAGCGUUUCCCAGGCGUGGACUUGAAAGCUACAUACUCAGAGGGGCUGCUUGUGGGUUACAGGUGGUUUGAUGAGCAUGAGAUCGAGCCUCUGUUUCCUUUCGGCCAUGGCCUGUCGUAUACAGACUUUGAAUUUUCUGAUUUGAGGCUCAACGUAGCUCAUGCUAAGAAAGCCAAUCUCUCGCUAAAUGCCACUUUCAAAGUCCAGAAUGUAGGAGAGGUAUUUGGAAAAGAGGUCGCGCAAUUAUACGUGACGUUCCCUGCACGGGCCAAUGAGCCUCCCAAAGUUCUGAAAGGAUUCCGAAAGACAGAAAGCCUUGAGCCAAAUGCAGAGGUAGAGCUUAGCUUUUCUCUUGCGAAGGAAGACCUUCAGAUUUGGGACGAGAAGUCAAAAGAUUGGAGAUUCAUUCCUGGGUUGUACACGGUGUCGAUUGGAAAGUCGUCGCGCGAUAUUCUGCUCACAGAAACCAUUUUACUGGCCUAA